AUGGCAGCCCACAAGUUGACAUAUGCCUUCAUGCUCGCUCUGGCGACGGCCUCGAGCGCCCUGGACUAUGUGGGCGUGGACUGGUCGUCGGUCAAGGUGGAGGAGGAGUCGGGCAUAAGCUACAGCACGUCGUCGGGUGAGGAGCAGGUGCUGGAGAAGAUUCUCCUGGACAGCGGCGUCAACACGGUGCGCCAGCGCGUGUGGGUGAACCCGUCGGACGGCGACUACGAUCUCGACUACAAUAUCGCCAUCGCGAGGCGCGCCCGCGCCGCCGGCAUGAACAUCUACCUGGACCUGCACCUCAGCGACACGUGGGCCGACCCGUCAAAUCAGGCCGUGCCGUCGGGCUGGUCGACCGAAUCCAUCGACGACUUGGCCUGGCAGCUGUACAACUACACGCGCGACGUGUCCAACGCCUUCGCGGCCGAGGGCAUCAACCCGUUGAUCAUCUCCGUCGGUAACGAGAUUCGCGGCGGGCUCCUCUUCCCGCUCGGCGACAUCAAUGAGAACCCCUACAACACGGCGCGUCUGCUGCAUUCAGGCGCCGCCGGCAUCAAGGACUCCAACCUCGACCCUACUCCCAAGAUCAUGCUGCACAUAGACAACGGGUGGGAGUGGUCCCUGCAGGAGUGGUUCUACACCACCCUUCUCGCUGAGGGCCCCCUUUCCCUCUCCGACUUCGACAUGAUGGGCGUCUCAUUUUACCCCUUCUACGGCGCCGACGCCACCCUCGCCAACCUCAAGACCUCACUCACAAACAUGGCCGCCAAGUGGUCCAAGGAGGUCCUCGUCGUCGAGACCAACUGGCCCACCUCCUGCCCUUCACCCAAGUACAGCUUCCCCUCCGACGUCUCCAGCAUCCCCUUUAGCGCUGCCGGUCAGGAGACCUUCCUACAGGACGUCGCCGAUGUCGUGUCCGCUGUUGAUGGCGGUGCUGGCAUCUUUUACUGGGAGCCUGCUUGGGUUGACAACCAGGCGCUCGGCUCGUCCUGUGACUCCAACACCAUGUUUUCCUACCCUGGCAAGGCUCUCGACAGUCUUUCCAUCUUUUCUUCCCUGUAA